GGCCUUCAAUUGUUUUAGCAGCUGCCUACGCGUCGAUGGACGCAGCAGACUCCCGUGUUUGUGUGGCGUAGUUGUGUUUCCGCCGCUAAGACGCCGACAGCCAAAAGCCGCCGAUGAUGUACCCGUCCUCACUUCUCUUGCACUUUCUUAUGGUCUGCAUUUUGUCUAUUUCCACGACACAGUUACUCACUUCCCACUGUGACUUCGUAAGUGAGGGCUCACUUGACCGCAGUGCUGCUGAUCAGACUGUCCUUCUAACAUCACCCGUUUACGUGGUUUAAUUUGAAACCGAUGGCCAAGCGUUAUAUUGUGAACGUUGUUUUAAUUCACCCAUGAAAAGGAAGGUUUCCUGGUUAUUCCUGGAACUUAGUAAUAUGCUUUGGAAACUUGUCAUUGGCAACAGGUGCACGUUUGAACAUGCCUCAGGUGACGCAGAGGUAAUCCCAGCCCACAUUUAUCUGGAUUUGCGGAUCAGUCAUUGAAUAUUUGGUCCUUUAGAAGAGCAAGAAGUCACUGAAGAAAUACUGACUUUUCAUCUGAAACGUGGCUGUGGUCGAGAGUCAAAUCUGAAUGUUAAUUUAAUGUUGGAUCAGCAUUAAGAUAUCAGUGAAGCCAAACAGCGUGUCGACACUGGAAUAGGACUGAUUCAUAGGGGUUUUUGUAGUUGACCAGUGAGGCUGAAAAGUCAACAAUUUAUAGUUGGUCGAAAUUAAAGAUGGUUUCACCUCUGCCACAUUAUUAUGUUGAAAAGUCAGCGAUUAAUGUUGCUGAUCCUGUGGUAGACAACAUUUGAGAACCCCAGAGAUGUCUCCUGUAAGUGCAUCAGAUGGUCUAACUCAUCAGUUGGUCAAUGUGGCAGUGUGAAGUCUGCUUUACCCAGGCAGUUCACAGCUACGGUCAAGACGGUGUGAAGGGAGUCUGGAUGAAAAUAUUGUGAGCCAUGGCAUCUUCCCUCAAGAGUUUGGUUAAUGAUGAUGACCGAUACCAGAAAUCCUUCCAGCUUUUUUUGGAGCGCUCGUCUGAACACCAGUGUAUGCGGGACUUCAUCCACAAUAAACUGCCAGAUAUACUGGCCAGCAUUGGAGAUGGAAAGUCACAUCUGAAUGUCAUUGGAGUUGGAAGUGGAGCUGGUGAGAUUGACCUAGAGAUGCUCUCUGAGCUCCAUAAGAAGCACCCAGGGGUGACGGUGGAUAACGAGGUGGUGGAGCCUAGCCGCCAGCAGCUAUAUAACUACAAAGUUUUAGUGUCACAGAAACCAGAUUUAGAUUACAUCAAGUUCAACUGGAACACGAUGACUGCCUCUGAGUUUGAGGAGCACUGGAAAGCCGAAAAGGCCACCAAGAAGGUGGACUUCAUUCACAUGAUACAGAUGCUAUACUACGUGAAGGAUCCUGAAGCAACUGUCAGAUUCUUCCAGGGUCUUCUUGGUAAAAAUGGGAAGCUUCUCAUAAUUCUAGUGUCUGGCAAGAGUGGUUGGGGGAAGCUGUGGCGGACCUACAGAGCACAGCUGUGUCAACCCGACAUAAGUCAGUGUGUGACCACUGGAGACAUCAAAAGCUUCCUGGACUCCAAGGGAGUGCGUUACCAGAGCUAUGAGCUGCCAUCUCAGAUGGAUAUCACUGAGUGUUUCACUGAAGGGGAUGAGAAGGGAGAGCUGCUUCUUGAUUUUCUCACUGAGGUGCUGGAUUUCAGUAACACAGCUUCACCUGAGCUCAGAGCUGGUGUCCUAGAGAUGCUUCGGCACCCAGACUGUAGUGUAGAGUCCAACGGUAAAGUUAUCUUCAACAACAACCUUGAAGCAAUAUCACUAGACCAGCUCUCCUAAACAUGUACUGUCAGUAUAGUAAAUGUAGGUGGAUCACAUUGUUUGAUUUAUUUUGCACUUGAUGUAUAUAAUAAGCUGGGUAGAGGAUAUCUACACACCUGCUUCCAUUUAUAUAUUUUGUCUACUUACUAAUAAAAUAAUGACUCCAUA